GGAUACUCAGAAGAGAUGAUGUCUGAGGACGGAAAGAUCAGGAUAGAGAAGUUUGAUGGGCAAGAUUUUGGAUGGUGGAAGAUGCAAGUCGAGGACUUGCUAUGUCAGAAAGAUCUUCUUCCAUGUUUGACAGGUCAGAAACCCGAGAAGAUGAAGGAUGAAGAAUGGGCUGACUUGGAUAGAAAAGCCCUAGCCGUCAUCAGGUGCACUUUGACAAAGAGUGUGGCUUUCAACAUCGUGAAAGAGACCACUGCUCGUGGGGUUAUGACAACGUUGUCAAACAUGUAUGAGAAACCUUCCGCGUCUAAUAAGGUAUUCUUGAUUAGACAGUUAGUUAACACUCGUAUGCGGGAAGGUGGUUCUGUUACUACUCAUAUCAAUGUUUUCAAUACCAUUAUAUCCCGGUUGCUGUCAGUAGAUAUCAAAUUUGAUGAUGAGGUACAAGCUUUGCUUCUUUUAUCUUCUUUACCGGAUAGUUGGUCAGGAUCAGUCACGGCUAUUAGUGGUUCAGCUGGAAACACCACACUCACGUUUGAGGGAAUUCGUGAUUUUAUCUUAGGAGAAGACAUCAGGAGAAAGAAUACAGGUGAACCAUCAAGUUCUCUGCUGAGCACUGAGGGAAGAGGUAGAAAGAAAGAGAGGAGGGAAGAUCUAAGUCCAAAGGCAAGAGAGGGAGUUCAAAGACAAGAAGUGACAUCAAGUGUUGGAAUUGUGAUGAGUACGGACACUUCAAAAAUCAGUGCACCAAACCACCUAGCGACAAGAAAGAGGUGAAUGCUGCCACAACCUCAGAUUCUGACGAUGUAUUAAUCUGCUGUGUAGAGGACACAGUCGAGUCCUGGAUUAUGGACUUGU